AACGCGUGAUUACCGCGUGUCUAUGGAACAUUUAAAAAAGAACCGUUGAUGUACAUGUAAACAAAGAUGGUAGAAAUACUUGCCAACAAUAUAGGAAAGAAAACAUGAAUCUCAAAAGCGAGUAUCAAAGAACGUACACUGCAUUUAAGGAUGGGUCUGCAAAUAAAAAUUAUAAAGAAUUGUUACAAGACAGAAAGAAAAGAAAAUCCAAUGAACUGCGCCAUACACCACUUAUAUGGCUUGAUAGUGACAGCUCAGAUGAAGAACCUGCAGUAAAAACACCGAAAAGAAAUACAGGUGUUAAAGAAAAGACAAAAAAGAAAGAACCAGAACAUGUUGGCCCAACUUCACCAUGUAGUAAUAAAUCUGUUCAAACUGAUGGCAUAAUUUGCAAAAAAGAUGUAGGUGUGCAGUCACCAUGUCGGCAUAGCAUGCGUAAGGUAUCUAAACGUUCAAAGGAUAAGUUAAAAAUGAAAACAUUAAUAAGACAUGAAAAGCCGAUUAUUGCAUAUGGUUGGGCUGAUAUGACAUCCAUACAGAAAAAAAGAACCUUUAAUGUUAAAGCCCCACAUGAUGAUGUUCGCCAGUCUGCGCUUACAGCGGCUAAAAUUCGUGAGAAGAAUAUAAAAACAAAACUUACGAAAAAAGAGAGGCUUUUAAAGGAAAAAUUAAAGAAAAAGGUUCUGGUUGAUUCUCUUACAGACUUCGAUCAAUGGCAAACAGAAUACCAGAAACAGUUUUGUAAAUGAUUUUGUAAAUAUAUAACUGCUGUUAUAUUUUCUAAAUUUGUGGUCAUAUUUUGUAAUGCUUUUUUUUAAGUUCAGAGAAAUACUGCACUUUUA